GGGGAGAGGAAGUGUCUGUGUGUAACCAUGCAUGAUGAGCACAGGCUCCUUAGUUAACCGUGUACAUGUUUACACUUUCACAUCCCUAGUUAUAAUCAAGUAAUUUUGUGGGUUUUGCCCCCUGGGCAGUGGCCAAUUAGAUGAUUCUUUUUUCUUGUAAUUGUCAGUGAGGAUGAUGUAGUCUGGACAUCUCAUUCUGGUCCAACUGAGACACUGUAGCAAUUUCAUUUCAUACAACUUCCUUUGUGCACCCCUACAAGAUAACAAUACUUUAUUCUUAUACAGCAUCUUUCAUCUGAGGUGCCUUACAAAGGAUAUUUUUUGAUUUCACGAACUUGGAGUAGCAUUACAAAUCUGGAUUCCAUGUCUUUUCUUCGGUGGGUGUCCGAAAAGUUCAUUGUAGAAGGCUUAAGAGAUUUGGAACUGUUUGGAGAGCAGCCUCCGGGUGACUCUCGGAGAAAAACCAAUGAUGCAAGUUCCGAGUCGAUAGCAUCUUCCCCUAAGAGGGACACCAUGAGCAGUUUUUUACCAGACAGUAGCUGUUAUGAGUUGCUCACCAUAAUAGGCCAAGGCUUUGAGGAGCUGAUGAUUGUGAACCUGGCCAGGUAUAAACCUUCAGGAGACUAUGUCACAGUCAGAAGGAUUAACCUGGAAGCCUGCACCAAUGAGAUGGUGACAUUCUUACAGGGUGAACUUCAUGUUUCCAAACUCUUCAAUCAUCCUAACAUUGUGCCAUAUAAAGCGACCUUCGUAGCUGACAACGAGCUAUGGGUAGUGACAUCCUUCAUGGCUUAUGGGUCUGCGAAGGAUUUGAUCUGUACCCAUUUCAUGGAUGGAAUGAGUGAACUGGCGAUUGCUUAUAUUCUCCAGGGCGUGCUGAAGGCUCUUGACUACAUUCACCAUAUGGGCUAUGUACACAGGAGUGUGAAAGCCAGCCACAUCCUGAUCUCUGUGGAGGGGAAGGUGUACCUCUCCGGCCUGCGUAGUAACCUAAGCAUGAUCAACCAUGGGCAGCGGCUCAGAGUUGUCCACGACUUUCCCAAGUACAGCAUCAAGGUCCUACCAUGGCUCAGUCCUGAAGUCUUACAACAGAAUCUCCAGGGUUAUGAUGCAAAAUCCGACAUUUACAGUGUGGGGAUAACAGCCUGUGAACUGGCAAACGGACACGUUCCAUUCAAGGACAUGCCUGCUACUCAGAUGCUGUUGGAGAAGUUGAAUGGAACUGUUCCAUGCCUGCUCGACACCACCACAAUCCCCGCUGAGGAGCUGACCAUGAAAACCUCCCGCUCGUGUGCCAACUCCGGGAUUGGGGAAGGCAUGGCAGUUAGCAACGUGAGGGCAUCCAAUGGGGAGUCAAUGCUGCACCCCUAUCAUCGGACCUUCUCGCCCCACUUCCAUCACUUUGUAGAGCAGUGCCUGCAGCGUAACUCAGACUUGAGGCCAAGCGCAAGCACCCUGCUGAAUCAUUCCUUUUUCAAGCAGAUCAAACGUCGUGCAUCUGAGGCACUUCCUGAACUACUGCGCCCUGUCACCCCCAUCACCAACUUUGAAGGUACGCGGCCCCAAGAUCCCAGUGGCAUUUUUGGACUGGUAUCCAGUCUGGAACAGCUAGAGAUGGAUGACUGGGAAUUCUAGGGCAAUGUGGCAAAUACACAGUUCUUGAAAGAGCUUUCUGGACAUAGUAAUUUAUUGACCCCUCUCAAAUGAAGCAGGGAUGAAUGUUACACGCAGAAGAGUUUACAUGACCAUGGUAAGGAACGUCACCGAGCCGUUUACUUGAGGGAAUCGCCAGUGGACAGAAAGGAACUGGAAAAAGGGAUGGCCGGAAAUGUUGAAUGUUUCCUGCAGAAUGCCAGAAACCUCCCAGUUCUUGCGACUGAGCACCAGGUGGUGGCUGUAUUAGUAGUUUUGUUCACAAGAAUUGAGUCGGUCCCACUCUGUUGGUCUCUAAAUGUUGUUUUUUCUCAUGUUGUUGAUUCUCUGAUGCCCCUAAUUCAGAGGGCUCUGUAUCUUGAGCCUAUUUUUAGGUAGACCCUUUAUUUUGUUCCUUUACAAGGGUGCCUUUGAGACACAUGUGAGGGAAGGGGGAAAGGAAUGCAUGGGCAGGUUAUCUUCUGUAGCAUUCUUCUGGGGGGGGGGUCCCAUUUUUGGCAAUAAUGGAUUUAGCCUGCUACUUUGGGAGGAAAAUGGAAGACCAGACAGUAUUGAAGAAAGGUGUUCCCUUCUAUUCCCAUCAUGUUCAGAGGCGAGGAGAUUCCUCUGCACAGCUUGAUUGGUCUCUUCAGGGAGACCUGUAGAUAUGUUGUUUUGUUUAGUUUUUAUAAAUGAAACUCUUGCCAUAUGGUGCUGAAUGCCCUCAAGUGCAGGUGAGAAGGGCAUCCCAGGCUUCUGGGACUAACCAGCUGCUCUUGUCUUCUCAUGUAGCCACCUUCGGGUCUGGUGGCAUUUUUUUUUUAAAGGUAAGAUGUAGUUUUAAGUCUUUGAAACUGCUCCAUACUAUAUGAUAAAUGCCAUUUACUUGGCUGGCCCCAUCCUGCAGCAAGGCUAAUGUCUCUGCACACAGCAUGCUGUUUUUGAGAACCUACCAUUGGAGGGGAAACAGUAAAUUGGAAGCGUGUGUGCUCCCGCUCGCUCUCAUAUCCUCCUCUUCCUUGCUCCUGUUGUUUGGAUGUUCUGUGCAGAAUUCUCCUCCUGAACAGGUUUAUUGGUCUCCCUUGCCACUUAAAGCAGCUUUCAGACCCUUUCUAGAUCAUUUAUACAGUUCCGUUGGACUGAUGCUACCUUGUGCCCCACCAUCGACAAACUGCUACUGUAGCAGCUCCUCCCUCGCUGUGGUGAUCAGGUUCUCCAAGCUGCAUUUGAAGGCCUUUUGUUCAACCUUUCUAAGCACCAGGUGCAUCGUAGAUCUUCCUUCUCGAUGAUGCACCAAGAAUCUGGUCCUGUCUGAUGGUCGCCGAGAGCAGUGGUGUGGGCAGCAGGUCCUUUUUGUGUUUAUAAACUGUACUUGAACCCAAAUAAAGUUUGUUACUAUAGUUUUGUUGCCAAAACAAAUAAACAUUUAAGUAUUU